AUGCGCGACAGGUUACGUCGAGCGGCAGCGGACCGCUGUGGUGUUGCUGUCGACCAGGAUGCUCGACAGCUGCAACUGACUGGCCUGGGCGACGGGCGAGCCGUCCGGGAGGUCGACGAAGUAGUCCGUCGACCUACAGUUCGACGGGGAAGUCUACGGAGCAUUCCGUCGAACUGCAGUUCGACCGGGAGGUCGACGGAGCAGUUCUGGUCGACGGAAGGGGUCCGUCGACCAAGGGGUAGCAUGACGGGAGGUGUGGUCGACCAGGAGCAUCCGGUGGUCGACCAGAGAGACCCAGUGGUCGACGGGAGGCACGUGGGAGUCGACCAGAGCACCAGGGGUCGACCAGGUCGACCGGGUGGCGUCGACGACGAGGUCGACGGUGGUGCACGAGUCAGCGGCAGCGAAGGCACGAGGCAUAGAGGAGUGAUCAAGGUCGACGGUGGUGUCGACGGAAUCCAGGCGCGAGUGCAGCGGUCGACGGCGGCUGCACGCAGCUCGCACGCCGACGUCGAUGUUCGACGUCGCUCUCCUCUACGAAGUGGUGGUGGGCUCUCGGCGACGACGCAUGUGACGGCGGGCGGGAUUGCACCGGCGUAUGGCUAUUUCAAUUUUUCGCCGGAUCGAAUCACCGUCGCUCCGCUGCAAGGUCGACGGGACCUCAUCACCUGGAGGGAGUCGAUCGAACCUCAGCUGGAGGUCGCCGGGCUGAAGGGCUUCGCCGACGGCACCGUGCCAAUUCCGCCCGAGGAGGAUGUCGGGCUGCGCGGGGAGUUUCGUUCUGCUCACCUGCUCACCUUCAUGGCAUGGCGCUUCAUCAUAUCGACGUAUCAGGUCAGGGACGACCUGUACAUCGGGCAGCUGGAAGAGAAGAUGACCCACAUUUGGAUGGGCGAGCAGGAGUCGGCGACGGAUUACUGCAACCGUGCUCGACGGAUCCUGGCUGAAAUGCGAAUGGCAGGCGCCGAAUACUCGACGGCGUCCUACAUCACCCACAUCUUCAAGGGCUUGCCGCGCAACUACAAUCUCAUGAAGAGGAUGAUGAUGGUGCCCGGCACGCGUGAGUCCCUCGACGAAGACUCCAUCACCAGCUACAUUCUCCAGGAUGAGGCGAUGCAGGAGGCAGAGCAGCCCACGGAGUUCCUUCCGCAGGCGAGUUACGCCGCACCGACGAAGUCGAAUACACAGCGGGAGCAGCGCAGGAAGCCGGGCGGAAGUGGUAGCGGAGGUGGGCGGUCGACGAAGGACGUCGACGAAACGAGGUCGACGCGCGACAAGGGUCGACGAGGUGGUGGUCGACGGCGGGAGUGCUGGGUCUGCGGCGACCCUGACCAUCUCUCCUUCGAGUGCCCCGACCGCGAUGAGAGCGACGAGGACGACAACAAGGAAGGCCGCGGUCGAUCGACCAGUCGUCGCCCCCGUCGAGCAAAGAAGCCGCGCAAGGAGAAGCAAGCGUCGAAGAAAACGCCCUCAACGAAGGACGUCGACAGCUCCAGCGGCAAGAACCGAGGCGACGGGGAGGCGUCGUGCUCGAUGGUCGGCGUAGUGGAGCCGAUGGUCUCGCUAGCACCGGAGGCUGGCGAGGACUUCCAGGCGGUGGCAGCAGCUGUGCAGGCCAACCCGAUGGCGGUGCUGCUCGACAGCGGGUGCUCCCACCACCUGAUGGGGACGAAAUCGGUCUUCGUUGACAUGGGGCCGAGCGAUGGGGUGAAGCAUGUGCGUGGGUUCAACGGGGCAUUGCAGCCUGUCGAGGGUCGCGGAACCGUCGCUCUGCAAGGGGAGGCCGGGAAGCGAGUUCUCAUCCCCGACGUACUCUACGUUCCAGGCGUACAGGCAAACCUGUUGUCUGCUAGCCAGCUGAAGGAGAGCGGCGUGCUACUGCAGGGCGAUGGCGAUGAGAUGCUGCUCGUCGACGCGACUGGAGAGGUGCUUGGUCGAGCACACUACAUCGGACGAGUCCUCUGCACCGACCUUCGCCCCUGCCCGACGCAGUUGCAGUCGACCGAGGUGGUGGCUCUGCGGACGAUCACCUCGGCGACUAAGACGACCCCCGAUAGGAUGCAUGCGCGGCUUGCCCGCGUCAACGUCGACACGAUCAAGAGCUCGGCAAAACAUGGUGUGGCUACUGGGCUCGACAUCACGUUGUCAACCGGAGCAGACCCGCCAUGUGUCUCGUGCGUCGGAGGAAAGCUGGCGCGGCACACCUUCCCCGCCAAGGGCUCGGAUGCAGCGGAGGCGCUGGCUGUCGUGCACAUUGACUUGUGCGGGCCAUUUCGGGUGGCUGCCAAGGAUGGCAGCUUGUACUUCCUGCUGCUGAAGGAUCGCCAUACUCGAUUUGUAUGGGCGAUGCCGGUCGCUAAGAAGAGCGACGUGCUGCGGGAGUUCGAGAAGUGGUUGGUGCUUGUGGAACGACAGACGAAGAAGUCGGUUCUGACGCUUCGCUCCGAUCGAGGGGGGGAAUUCCUCGGGAAGGCGGUCACCGACUUCGUCGACGGGAAGGGCAUCGUCCACGACCUAACGUGCCCCUACACUCCGCAGCAGAAUGGCAUGGCCGAGCGGGAGAUGCGUACGGCCGUCGAGUCCGUGCGGACGAUGUUGCUGCACAUGGGCGUGCAGCACCAUUGGUGGCACCUGGCUCUACGGCAAGCUGUCUGGGUGCGCAACUGCUUGGAGCGGUCGACGACGCCGCCGGGGACGACUCCGUACCAGCUGCUGACCGGACAGAAGCCCGACCUUACGCUGGCGCGAGUGUGGGGCUGCAUGGUGCAGUUCAUGGUUCCCGAGCAGCAACGAGGUGGAAAGCUGGCGCCGAAGGCUCGCUGGGGACUUCACCUGGGUGUGUCGCCAGCGAGCAAGGGCUGGGAGGUGCUCGACCUGACCGACAACAAGAUGGUCACGUCGGUCGAGGUGAUCUUCUAUGAGACGCUGUCGCUGGAAGUGUGGAAGGCGAAGUAUGGGCCGGCGUCGGAGCGGACGCAGGCGCACCCGCCGACGGACACCUCGACGGCGACGGUUCCCCUGCUCGCCGAAGUCGACGAGCCUGCUGAUGAAGAUGCUGUGGAGGUCCUUCCACCCUCCCCUGUUCUUGCUCCUCCGUCUCCCGUCGCCGAUCUGCCUGCGCCGACACCUGUGUCGGCCACCGACGAUGAGGGGAGCCUGGAGGCGUCGCCUGUGGCGCCGGCCAGUGGCAUCGCCGGCGGACGACAAGGCGCCAAGCUCGACGACUACGAUGGAAAGCCGUCGAAGACAGGGGAGCCGGUCGAACAGGAGCCAUCGGCAAAGGUACACUCGAUAGGGGAGCGGCAGCCGGAGCGGUCGACAGGAGAAUUGUCGAAGGUAGCAGCAGAGGAACAGCCGGUCGAAGGGUCGAAGCAGCUGGUCGACGACGUUCUAGUUGAAACGAAAGGGGAGCUAUCGGCGGGGGAGUCCACCGACAGCGACGUGAUGGAAGUGCCGAUCACGAAGCCUGAGCUGCGACGCUCAGGUCGAGCUCGACGGCCGCCGGAGCGGUUGAGCUUUCACGCCUGCUUACCGCCUGCUGCCUUCACUACGGUGUACGACGAGGUCGACGACAACCUGCUGUACGACGAUGCCGAGGAGGAUGAAGACCUGUCGGAGCUCGACCCUGACGUGCAUGCCGACCCCGAACACCGCUGGGACAUCGCCACGAUGACGAACCGAUGGGUGCUGACGACCAAGUACCGCAUCGACGACACCGUCGAGCGCGAGAAGGCGAGGCUGGUCGUAAAGGGCUUCACGCAGGUGUAUGGCGCCGACUACGACGAGACGUACUCGCCGGUGAGCAGCUACGUCACGCUGAGGAUCUUCCUCAGCAUAGUCGCCGUCCUCGACCUCAACCUGAUGCAGCUCGACAUGAAGAACGCUUUCCUGCAGAGCAAGCUCGACAGAGUGCUCUACAUGUACCAGCCGGACUACUUCGACGACGGGACCGGCCGGGUGUGUAAGCUGCUGAAAAGCCUCUACGGGCUGAAGCAGUCGCCGCUGCUGUGGUACAGGGCUCUUGACGGUGUGCUGCUGGGCGCUGGCUGGAAGAAGAGCCAGGUCGACGAGGCGCUCUACUUCAAGACCGGCGACGACGGUGUGACCUGCUGGGUCUUGGUCUACGUCGACGACCUGCUCGCCGCUAGCAACAGCACCGCGAUGCUGAACGAGCUGAAGGAGCUGCUGGAGGCCGCCUUCGAGCUGCGUGAGAUCUCGCCGGUUGAAAAGUACCUUGGGCUGGAGAUCGUGCGGGACAGGCCGGCCAGGAAGUUGUGGCUGCACCAGCAGGGCUACGCCGACAAGCUGCGCAGGCGCUUCGUCGACGAGGAGCUAGGCGGUCGAGUCCCGAAGACGCCGGUCUCGGUCGACGCCUACGCUCAUUUGACGUUCGACGACGAGGAGGCUCAGGAGCGCGAAGAGGAGGAGUACCGACAGAAGGUCGGCUCGCUGCAGUUCGCGGCGACGACGACGAGGCCGGACAUUGCGUUCGCCUGCAGCAAGUUGGGAAGCGGCCUCACGGUGAGGAGCGACCAGCAUUGGCGUGAGGUCGACCGUUGUCUCGCCUUCCUCGCCGACACCCGCGACACCGCCCUGGAGUUCGGCGGUGAACCAGAAUCGUUGGAGCUGAUCGGCUACGUCGACGCCGACGACGCGGGCGACAAGCAGAACCGGACGAGCACGGGAGGCUACGUGUUCGUCUACGGAGCGGCGCCUAUCUCUAGGGGUGCCUAUCUCUAG